UCAGUUGUUUACAAUUUGUCGUUGAGGGUGGAUUACUUCGUCGCGAGUUUCGUUCGUGCAUGAUGCGGUUGUGGUUGAUUGUAUACAUACAUACUAUGCACAAAUCCAGUUCUCAUUUUGUUAUUUUACAAAUUCUCAGCGAGCGCAUGAACUGGCAGCCUAUAGCGAGCAGCUAAUCACAAUAUUUACGGCAGAUUCGUGGACUCAAGGAAAUUCAGCCAGCAGCCAAUCGAUUUUCUAGUGUUAUCGAAAAACAUUUUUCAUUCCUUCAUUUCGUUCAACAUCAAAUCAAGUCGAGUCGAAUCAAAUGAAAUCCAAUCAAAUCACAAAAUCACAUCGCAUCAGCUGAACCGAACCGAAUCGAAUCGGAUCGAAUCGAAUCGAAUUCAAUCGAAUCGAGUUGAAUCGAACUGAAUCGUCUUGAAUGGAAUCGCACUGAAACGAACGAGAAGGAAUAAUAAUAGAAGUAACAAUACUAGUUACUACUAACAAUACUCUGUAAUAGUAAUAGUAAGAGGAACAGGAAUAGGAAUACACAUACUCCAAAGCGAUAAUGAGUUGCUACAGAAAAAGGCACUUUCUAUUGUGGCUCUUGCGUGCUGUGUGUAUGUUGCACUUAACCGCGAGAGGGGCAUAUGCCACAGUUGGGUUGCAAGGAGUGCCGACAUGGAUAUAUCUCGGCCUCAAGUCCCCCUUCAUCGAGUUUGGCAACCAGGUGGAGCAGCUGGCCAAUUCCAGCAUACCACUGAACAUGACCAAGGACGAGCAGGCCAAUAUGCAUCAAGAGGGCCUACGCAAGCUCGGUACGUUCAUAAAGCCAGUGGACCUGCGGGACUCGGAGACUGGCUUCGUCAAGGCCGAUCUCACCAAGAGACUGGUAUUCGAUAGACCGAACAACAUUACAUCUCGCCCUAUUCACCCGAUACAGGAGGAGAUGGAUCAGAAGCAGAUAAUCCUGCUCGACGAGGAUACCGACGAGAAUGGCCUGCCAGCCAGUCUCACCGACGAGGAUCGCAAGUUUAUAGUGCCGAUGGCGCUCAAGAAUAUAUCGCCCGAUCCACGCUGGGCGGCCACUACACCGAGUCCCUCCGCUUUGCAGCCGAACGCUAAAGCCAUCUCGACCAUUGUGCCCUCGCCUCUGGCCCAGGUCGAGGGGGAUCCCACGUCCAACAUCGAUGACCUGAAGAAGCACAUACUCUUCUUGCACAACAUGACCAAGACCAAUUCGAACUUCGAGUCGAAAUUCGUUAAAUUCCCGAGCCUGCAAAAGGACAAGGCCAAGACAUCGGGAGCUGGCGGUUCGCCGCCCAAUCCCAAGCGGCCCCAGCGGCCGAUUCAUCAGUAUUCCGCGCCCAUAGCCCCACCAACACCCAAGGUGCCCGCGCCAGAUGGCGGCGGCGUAGGAGGAGCAGCUUACAAUCCCGGAGAGCAGCCAAUUGGUGGCUACUAUCAGAACGAGGAACUAGCGAAUAAUCAAUCCCUUCUUAAACCAACAGAUACCGACUCCCAUCCAGCGGCCGGCGGUAGCAGCCAUGGCCAGAAGAAUCCCAGCGAGCCCCAGGUGAUACUGCUCAACGAGACACUCUCCACGGAGACCUCAAUCGAAGCGGAUCGCAGUCCAUCGAUAAACCAGCCCAAGGCGGGAUCGCCUGCGCGCACAACAAAGCGACCACCUUGCCUGCGCAAUCCCGAGUCCCCGAAAUGCAUACGUCAGCGUCGGCGGGAGGAGCAACAGCGGCAGCGGGAGCGGGACGAGUGGUUCCGCGGUCAGUCGCAGUACAUGCAGCCCCGGUUCGAGCCGAUCAUACAGACGAUUAACAAUACGAAGAGAUUUGCCGUAUCAAUCGAGAUUCCAGACUCCUUUAAAGUAUCCUCCGAGGGAUCGGAUGGGGAGUUGCUUUCGCGAGUCGAACGCUCGCAGCCCAGCAUUAGUAGUAGUAGUAGUAGCAGUAGUAGCAGUAGUAGGAAAAUCAUGCCAGACUAUAUUAAGGUAUCCAUGGAGAACAACACAUCCGUCACGGAUUAUUUUAAGCACGACGUUGUGAUGACAUCGGCAGAUGUCGCCAGCGAUAGGGAAUUCCUUAUCAAGAACAUGGAGGAGCACGGAGGCGCUGGCUCCGCGAACAGUCAUCACAAUGAUACGACUCCAACUGCAGACGCAUAUUCGGAGACAAUCGAUCUUAAUCCCAAUAACUGCUAUAGCGCAAUAGGUCUAAGCAACAGCCAAAAGAAGCAAUGUGUUAAGCACACCAGCGUGAUGCCGGCCAUAAGUCGUGGUGCCCGUGCCGCCAUCCAGGAGUGCCAGUUUCAGUUCAAGAAUCGCCGCUGGAACUGCAGCACAACGAACGACGAGACCGUAUUUGGUCCCAUGACCAGCCUGGCUGCUCCCGAAAUGGCCUUCAUCCACGCCCUGGCCGCGGCCACGGUGACCAGCUUCAUAGCUCGCGCCUGCCGGGAUGGCCAACUGGCCUCCUGCAGCUGCUCCCGCGGCAGUCGACCCAAACAGCUCCACGACGACUGGAAGUGGGGCGGCUGUGGCGACAACCUGGAGUUCGCCUACAAGUUCGCCACGGACUUCAUCGAUUCGCGGGAGAAGGAAACCAAUCGCGAGACGCGUGGCGUUAAGAGAAAACGCGAGGAGAUCAACAAGAAUCGCAUGCAUUCCGAUGACACGAAUGCUUUUAACAUAGGUAUUAAACGUAACAAAAACGUAGAUGCUAAAAACGAUACAAGUUUGGUAGUGAGAAACGUUAGGAAAAGCACUGAGGCUGAAAACAGUCACAUACUCAAUGAGAACUUUGAUCAGCACCUAUUGGAACUAGAGCAGCGCAUUACGAAGGAGAUACUUACAUCCAAGAUAGACGAGGAGGAGAUGAUUAAGCUGCAGGAGAAGAUCAAACAGGAGAUUGUCAACACCAAGUUCUUCAAGGGUGAGCAGCAGCCGCGCAAGAAGAAGCGAAAAAACCAGAGAGCCGCCGCCGAUGCGCCCGCCUAUCCGAGGAACGGCAUCAAGGAGAGCUACAAGGAUGGCGGCAUAUUGCCGCGCAGCACGGCCACUGUCAAGGCCAGGAGCCUGAUGAACUUGCACAACAACGAGGCCGGACGUCGGGCGGUGAUCAAGAAGGCCAGGAUAACGUGCAAGUGCCACGGCGUGUCCGGCUCCUGCAGCCUGAUCACCUGCUGGCAGCAAUUGUCCUCCAUCCGGGAGAUUGGCGACUAUCUGCGCGAGAAGUACGAGGGCGCCACCAAGGUGAAGAUCAACAAGCGUGGCCGCCUCCAGAUCAAGGACUUGCAAUUCAAGGUGCCGACCGCUCACGAUCUUAUUUACCUAGACGAAAGUCCCGACUGGUGCCGCAAUAGCUAUGCGCUGCAUUGGCCGGGAACGCACGGACGUGUGUGCCACAAAAACUCGUCGGGAUUGGAGAGCUGUGCCAUCCUCUGCUGCGGCCGGGGCUAUAAUACGAAGAACAUUAUAGUUAACGAACGCUGCAAUUGCAAAUUUCACUGGUGUUGCCAGGUUAAAUGUGAAGUUUGUACGAAGGUACUCGAGGAGCACACAUGUAAAUAGAGCGUUGAUUGAAUUCGAAUGUCUUAAUGUUUGUGACUAAGCCAUGAAGGAAAUAAUCGUAUUUAAACAGAUAAUUAUUUAUUGAAAUUACAUUUAAAUUAAUGAUUGUAUUUAAUAAUAAUUUUUACUAAUUUACCGGCUUUUAAGCACUACCAAAAUCAAUCGGCGGAUAACAUUAAAAAGCCCCCCCCCCCCCCCUCCUCUCCAUUUUAAUUGCCAUUACCAUACACCAUCAUAUUGCUUCUUCUUAAAAUGCUAAGAAAACGAUAAAAAAGGAAAACGAAAACGAAAAAAAAAACUGCUAAACAAAACCACCUUACUUAUGUAUAGCUUUUAGAAAUCAUUAGUUUUAAGUAUAAUUCUGGUAGGGUUGGCCUUCUUCAAAAACAAAAAAAGAACAUAGUGAAGGUUUCAACACAAUUUUAAAGAACUGUUGU